CACAACCAGUUACCGAGUUGUGUUAUCGGAGACAGGACAUACGGAUUGUGGAGAGCCAUUUGGAAAUUCGUGUUAUUUUUGUGUGUUUACAAUAAUAUUGUUUCCAUGUUGUGUUCAGUGAUGUGCUGGACGUGUGGUUUAGGUGUGAGGAGAUAGCAGACAGACAGACAGAGAGCACCCGAGCGCCGACCACCGAUGCGGUCGCGGUCCGCGGCGGCGGCGGCGCUGGUGGCGGCGCUGGCGGCGGCGCUGGUGGGGCCGGUGCGCGCGUUCGACUGCCCGGCGCCGUGCUCGUGCGGCUACGCCGGCGACCAGCGCGAGUACACGUGCCAGCUGCCGUCCGCCAACGUCACCGUCACCGCGCAGAUCAACAGCUACGCUGACGUCCGCUGCACGGGCGGAGUGAUCCGCUGCCCCGAGCUGCCGCACAUAGCGGUGGGCCGCAACGACACGCUGAGGAGCUUCAGCGUGUCGCAGUGCGAGCUGGGCGGGCCGCUGGCGUGCGUGCUGGGCGCGCUGGGCGCGCGCGCGGCCGGCGCGCUGCUCGUGCGCGCGCCCGGCACGCCGCUGCGCGCCCGCCACGUGGCCGGCCUGCGCGCGCUCACCAGCUUGCGGCUCCUCGACGCCGCCGCCCAAACCACUGUGCCGUACGAAGCGCUGCAAGUAUUGCCCUCCCUCACGGACUUCAGACUGCGAGGAGCUAACUUGACCCUCAGCGAGGAGGGCUUCCAGUCCGGUGGCUCGCUGCAGCACGUGGAACUGUCCAGUGACAAUAUCCGUGAACUGCCGGCCGGCGGGUUCCGAGGGCUGGACAAGCUACCACAGCUCCACCUGUGGGAUAAUCUUAUUGAACAACUCCAUCCUGAUGCGUUUCAAGGCUUGGACUCGUUGGAGCGGCUGGACGUGAGUCGCAACCGACUCCGUGUGCUGCCCACCAACGCGUUCGUGAACACUCCCAAGUUAAAACAGAUCACAUUCUUCGCCAAUCCCCUGGAAGAGAUAGCCACUGACGUGUUUGCUGGACUACAGUUUCUGGAGAAGGUAACAGCGUUUGACAACCGCGCCAAUCUGAAACUCAGUCCGCGCUCGUUCGCCAAUCUUCCCGCUCUGAAAAGUGUACGACUCACGAAAUGCAGAAUCUACGAAUUGUCCCCUGACACCUUUCACAACUCGUCAGCGAUCACAAGCCUGCAACUCAGCGGCAACAGCAUAAGCGCUCUACCAGCUGCAUUGUUCAGAGACCAGAUCAAACUUGAGUCGUUGCAGCUGAAUGAUAACAAGAUACAAACGUUGAGGUCGGACGUGUUCUGGCCUCUCAAGCAGCUGAAAGACUUAAAUCUGGAUAAGAAUCUUAUUGAAGUGCUGCCUGGACAACUAUUCUCUGGGUUGACGCGAUUGAAAUCAAUUCGAAUCACCAACAACAGAUUGAAGUUGAUCGCUAGUGACGCGUUCAACGACGCAGGCGGCCUGGAGACGAUCUACCUCUCCAACAACUCACUAACUCUCCGCCUCGAUGGCGUCGAAAUGCCCGAUAAAGUCUCUACUUACGAGGAAUUCGAGCUGCAGUCCCCGUUCAGUUCGUUGUUGCAGCUCAGAGAACUGGACCUCAGCAGCAACUCCAUCACGUCCAUAUUCAGCGAUUGGAGGUUCGUUUUGUUGAAUCUGAAGAAAUUAAACUUGGCCUGGAACCAGAUCGGCGAACUAACGGGUGCCGACAUCCAAUUCUUGGGCUCUGAAAUCACUAUAGACCUUCGACACAACAACAUAACCAACGUGGAAGUGAUGGAAAUGCCGCCCUGGCUCGCCGGAACUGGGUCUGCAACGAAAUCCAAGGUGUUGCUCGACGAUAACCCUUUCAACUGCGACUGUAACAUGUACUCCUUCAUCAGACGUCUCCAAGGUCUGUCUACAGCCGUCACCGCUGAGCCAAAACUGAUUCCGGACGGGGCACGAUGUGCAGCUCCGAACCAUGUCAAAGGUGUCCCCAUUCGCACGCUGCAGCCGGAUGUGUUAACAUGUAAUCUACCAGCAGACGACUGCCCAACUGAUUGCUCCUGCAAUUUGAGACCAGCCACUAGUGAACUCGAAUUUACCUGCCUUACUCUACCCAAACUGCCGGAACCUUCGUCUUAUGGUUUAUCAGCGACCAAACUCCGUCUAAAUCGGCCUUCGACUAAUUUGCUAGAUCUACCAAAACACGUUACCACUUUGAUUCUUACAAACGACAAUCUGACAAAGGUACCGCUAGUGCCUUUUACUUUAAAAGAACUGGACCUGUCUGGGAAUCUCCUGUCAAGAGUUCCAUCGAAGUUACUGAAAGCGAACAUCACUUUACGUCUGGCGAAUAAUCCGUUGAACUGCGACUGCGAUCACAUCGACGACGUUGUACUGUUACAAAGCAGUGAAGCGAAGGUCGCCGACGCGGCGAACGUCACGUGCAUAGGAGGUGAAACGCCGUGGCUGGUGGACGCGGGCAGGUUGUGCGCGGUCCGACGCGCCGCCAUACUGGGCGGCGCCCUCGCCGCACUUGGCAUAAUAGCGGCUAUAGCCGCCGCUCUAGUCUACAAGUAUUCGUCUGAAAUUAAAUUGCUCAUAUACUCCCGGGAGUGGCUGCGGUGGAUGAUACGAGAGGAAGACGUGGACCGCGAUAAAAUCUAUGACGCGUUCGUUUCGUUCUCACAUAAAGAUGCGAGAUUCGUCGCGGAACAACUGCUUCCGGGACUGGAGAACGGACCGAGGCCUUUCAAGAUCUGUGUGCACUACCGAGACUGGGUCAUCGGGGAGUGGAUCCCGGCGCAGAUCGCGAGCUCCGUGGAACAAUCGCGGCGGACUAUCAUAGUGCUGUCCAAGAACUUUGUGGAUUCCGUUUGGGGCAAAAUGGAGUUCAGGGUGGCUCACUUGAGUGCUCAGAAGGAGAAGAGAACUAGAGUGGUCGUUGUACUUCUAGAGGACGCUCCGCCCGAUGACCAGCUGGACGCGGAACUUCGGGCGUAUCUGAAAACUAAUACGUAUGUCAAGUGGGGCGAUCCUUGGUUCUGGGAGAAGAUGAAGGUCGCUCUGGCUGGCAAGAGAGUUGAUAAGAAGGCGGAGAAACGCGCCCGGCACAUGGGAGAGAAGAUCACGAAAGGCGGCCUGAACGCUCGCCUGAACAGUGAGGGGAAAAUUAUCAAUGACAAUAAGGCAGAGAAAACUGCUUUCACUCCGCCUUCUCUGUGAUAUGGUGUUUUAAUUUCAAUUUUACGUGUAUAUUAUAAGGUUCAAAUUACCUCGUUUCCCAAAUCUGCGGAAAUAUGGUGCUUAAAAUGGUAACUAUUCGGAGCAUGUCUCUCGAGGUUUAGGUAGUACAAAUGUUAAAGCAAUAUAGCCUUUAUUCAAAAUAAAAUAAAGCUUAUAUUAAAAAGGACGAGCUAGUCGAGCUUAUCAUUGCAAUAUAGACUUUAUUUAGAUUAUUAUUAUGCUUUAUUUUAGAUUUUAUUGUAUUUGAGCCAAUAUUUGAUAAUAUUUUUUAAAGAAAUCUAAGCUUUAUCUAUAGGAGAUAGUGUAGAAUAUUAAUUGACUACACAUUUGAGCCAAAAUAUUACUCAUGUUAGUGUUAAUUGAGAUUAUAUGCAAACAGCUAUAAAAAUAGAUGUACAAUGCGAUAUUGGAAGCGUGUAUCGGGCAGGGUGUACACUGACUUAUGAUGAUUAGAUAGGCCGUGAUCUAGCUCUGAGGGAGGAGUCCACAGUUUCCGGAGACCUAGCAGGCCGGCGUGCAUGCAUGACGCGACUCACGACAGUGGAUCUGACAAGAGAUGUAUGAUGCAUGUAAGGCGCCCGCUCCUCUCUGCGUGCGCUGAUAGUAAAGUGAAUCUCUAUGCGAUCAAUCUCAUUGUAACUGGUUUGUUUUCUCUUAUAUACAGAAUGGACGCCACAUCGUCGACUAACUAACGCUCAGGUAGUACGUGUUUGUUUUACAAGCAGUGGCGUAGCUACCGGAGGGCUAGGCGGGGCCGCGCCCCGGGACCUCCAAGCUUCCAAGCUCGGGGGACUUACAAGCUUGGACUGCUUUACGACCCAUAAAUUGAACUAGUAAACAUUUCUUUCACAUUCAAAAUAUAUAUAAACCAAUAAUGGCAACUUAUUUGAAAAAAAAUACAUUUUGUGCAGCUAUGUUUUGUAAAGAAAAUCUGAAACUACAUACUUCAAAAAAGUUCCUUGUUUUAUAAUUGUCUAUUUGACCAUAGUAACAAAUGAAACCGUAAAGCUAUCUAUUUAUAGAAAAAUGAGCCAUGUUCUAGAGGUAUAAGAUUUAUUUUUAUUUGCCUAGUUUGUAAGGUUUAUCUCUGAGGUGCUUAGGUAUUAAUUAUAUAUUUACCUGUAUUGUAUUCUCUCUAUCAAUUUCUUUAGCCAUUAUUUUCUGAUCUUAAUUUUUAAUUUGCACUGAAAUUAGAAUUCCGUCCUACAAUAGUCAAGUUUUAUGCUAUUAUUUUGUAUACACUGCGCCAUCUAGUUCUUUAGUACUACUACUACUGUGUAGUACUGUGGUUUUACUAUCGGUACGGAUAGAUGGCGUGGUAUAUAGUAAUUAAGUAUUUAAUUUUUGUUUGACAUAAAUUACAGCGGCUUAUUUGGUUUCUUCAUAGCACUUGCAUAAUACAUUUGUUAAGUUUUAGUACGUUGUUAUAAUUAUGUCGAAUUACAAACAGAACUGAUUUAUAGUAGUAAAAUUACAAUAUUAACUGUUAUAUUGUUACCUAAACAUUCAAAGCUUGUUCAACUGUGCAUAUCCAUAUAUCUAGGUUUAACAUAUACAAGUGUACGAUAAUAUCUCUCUAUAAACACUUCGGCGAUACAAAGUUGUGUUAAUUUUGUCGAAGUAUUUAUAGAGAGUUUAAUUUUGUGCAUGCAUAAGUCUAGUUCUGCAUUCUGACCAAUCGGUGUCGCUGUACCAUUAAUACAUGUUGGGAAUUUGUCAGCGCUUCAUUUACAUGUAUAAAAAUGUAAAAUGUAUAUAUUGUUUGUACAUGUACGUAUAUAAGGUUCAAGAAAUAUAAAAUAUAAAAAAGUG